AUGGUAGUUGGUACAGCCGGAAAUAUCCGAGUAGCGAUCUGGCAAUCCCGGCAAAGAUCCUACCUGUUCAAUAGGCGUCACCAAUCAUAUUGCAUCGCAUGCUAUUUAGGACAGUCUCUCAUCAGUUCGGGGCGUUAUGGGCAGCACGAGGUCGGCAGCUCGGCGCUGUGUCGCUACUUGCCAGAGCGGAUCGUUGCCGUACACGCGCUUCUGGGUGGCGGAACCGUCACCACCGGCGGCGGCAAAGUUCGUCGCGUGUACGUGUGCUCCAAAUGCGGAGCACGUCACGGCCAAUACCACGGCAAAUGCAAUAAGUGUGGAGGAUUCGGGACGAUAGAUUUGGAGGGGAUCGUACAGGAGCCGCCGCAACCGGCGGCGGCGGCGGCAGCCACGGCUGGCGGCGGUGGCGGUGCAGGUGUGCAGGCCCUGGAACGGAUCCAGCAGGACGCAGCUUCCGUACGUGCACGAAUACCGCCGUCAUACGACGACGCCAACAGCGGCGGCGGCGGCGGCGGCAGCGGCGAUCGCGCCGUGGGCUGGGUUGCCAACGGCAGCGACGGCAGCGGCGGAGGGCUCGAGGAUGUUCCGUUAUCGCUGCGGGCUCUGUCGCAGAUGUCCGCUGCCGGACGGUUAGGCGGUACGGCACGUAUUCCGCUGAGUGGUCGUACAGGGGCUGAGGUACAACGAGUCCUGGGAGGUGGUGUAGUGCCUGGAGCGUUGGUGCUGAUCGGUGGCGACCCAGGGGUCGGCAAGAGCACCCUCACGCUGCAGAUCGCGGCCAUGAUGGCGCAUCCCGAAAUCGACUUCGAUGCGCUUGAGGAGCAGCGCCGGUCAGACGAGGGCGAAGAGGAGGACGACGUACGACAUGAGUACGGCAUGGAGUACGGCACGUGGUACGGCAAUGGCCACGUCACCAGCGGCGGCACGCCGGUAGGAAGUACAGCAACAGCAUCUGGCGAUCAAUACGGCAGUUCGUACGACAGUCGCGUGUACGGUAACCAUGAGCCAGGGUUCAGUGAGGGGGCCCAAGAGCACUUGCGCAGCGACCGGUCUUCGUAUGAGUACGGAGGCUUAUCGGACGGGGUUUCCGGUGCCGCUAACUCUGACCAGAGCAGGUACGGCUGGUACGACAGCAGUACCGACUACGGCGGCGGCGGCGCCGCCACGGCGUUCCCGGGAUCUGCUGCCAGCACCGCGUCAGACCACGGCACCGUAUCACCACCCCCUUGUCGUACAGUUCUGUACGUCACGGCUGAGGAGACGCGGGAGCAGGUAGUUGACCGCAGCCGUCGCAUGGGUCUGGACUGCUGCGACGGCGUGGCGGUGCUGUGUCGCAGCGAAAUGGGCGCUAUCUCUCGUGCCGUACUGCAGCUCCGGCCCGAUGCCGUUGUCAUGGACUCCAUUAACACAGUCUAUCUGAACAAUUUGCCUCAGGCGCCCGGAACUGUCACGCAGGUGGACACGGUUUUGUACCUCGAGGGUGACGUGGCACAGAGUGUACGGCUGUUGCGGGUGAUUAAAAACCGUCAUGGAUCGGAUGCGGAGUGCGGCGUGUUUUCCAUGGACGCCACAGGAAUCCACGCAGUGGCGAACUCCAGUGCACUCUUCCUGGAGAACCGUCUCGCGGAUUCUCCAGGGAGGGACCCGGAGGCGGCGGAGGAGGAGAGCGGCGCUAGCAGCGUAGUGGGCGUUACGCUACAGGGCACCCGAGCGAUUCUGGUGGAGGUGCAGGCCCUCGUGAGCCCUCUGGGCGACCGUGCCGCCACUGCCGGCUCGUCUGCAUUGUCGUACCGCUCCGCCACCGGCGUUGAGAAGCUUCGUCUUGCCAACUUGUGUGCCAUUCUUGACAAACACGUGCCUACCCUGGAGCUGUCCUGCUGCUCCGUGAUCGUUAAUGUGGUGGGCGGUACACAGGUCAAAGAUUUGGGGCACCUUGACGUGACGACUUCAUUGGGGAGUUUUAUACGCGCACGUGUCGUACCAUUACGGAAAUGUGACGCCUUACUCAUUUGCGCGUGUACGUGUGUUUUAUGUAAAACACAAUACAACCAAUACAAUACAAUUGGUUGA